CCCUGAAGAAGGUAGCCCUCAUUGCACAAACUGGAGAGCAGCCUUCCAAGGCCAACAAGACCCAAGCCACAUUCCCAAUUUCCAGUAUGGGGGACCGGAAGUGGUGGAGUGCAGUGGUGGAAGACAGAGAUGACCAAUCCUGGAACAUCUCUGUGACUACGCCCACAGAUGCUGUCAUUGGCCGCUAUUCACUCCUGCUGCAGGUCUUGGGCAAGAAGUCAUUUCCCCUGGGCAAGUUCACAUUGCUCUUCAACCCUUGGGCUCGAGAGGAUGCUGUGUUCCUGGAGAAGGAGUCUGAACGCAUGGAGUAUGUGUUGAACCAGAAUGGCCUCAUCUACUUGGGUACAGCUGACUGCAUCGAGGCAGAGCCCUGGGACUUUGGCCAGUUUGAGGUGGAUGUCAUCGACCACAGUCUGUACUUACUGAGCAUGGACAAGCAGGUGGAGGAGUGGGGCAACCCCGUGCAUGUGGCCCACAUUUUGGGUGCCUGGCUGCGUGCUUUCAUGGAGAAGAUGGUCCUGCCCACCCCACAGACCCACACCGUCCAGGAAGCAGCCUUGCUCAACAAGCGCCGGGGCAGUGUGCCCAUCCUACGGCAGUGGCUCACAGGCCAAGGGCGACCUGUGUAUGACGGUCAGGCCUGGGUGUUCGCUGCAGUUGCUUGCACAGUACUGCGAUGCCUGGGGAUCCCUGCCCGUGUCAUUACCACGUUCACCUCAGCCCAGGGAACCGGCGGACGCUUGUUCGUAGAUGAGUACUACAAUGAGGAGGGCCUUCACAAUGGAGAAAGCCAAAGAGGCAGAAUCUGGAUCUUCCAGACUUCCACAGAGUGCUGGAUGACCCGGCCUGCUUUGCCCCAAGGUUACGAUGGAUGGCAGAUUCUGUAUCCAGAUGCUCACAGAAGAGGGAGAGUCUUGGAGUCCUGCAAUCUGGUUCCUGUCAGAGCAGUCAAGGAGGGGAUACUAGAGCUGAUGCCUGCAGUAUCAGAUCUUUUUGCUGCAGUAAAUGCCUCGUGUGUGGUCUGGAAGUGUUGUGAAGAUGGCACACUGGAGCUGACCAACUCCAAAACUAAGUAUGUUGGGAACAACAUCAGCACCAAGAGUGUGGGCAGUGACCGCUGUGAGGACAUCACUCAGAACUACAAGUAUCCUGAAGGAUCUGUUCAAGAAAAAGAAGUGCUGGAGAGAGUCCAGAAACAGAGACUGGAACAUGAAAAGGACAGUGGCAUCUAUCCUCCCAGUCUCAAGACUGCUGAGCCUCUGUACCUGUCCUUGGAGGCACCCAGCUCCCUACAACUGAGAGGGGAUGCCAAGAUCUCAGUCAUCCUGACUAACCUCACUGAUGAGGAGAAGGAUGUGCAACUGGCAAUUGGGGUGCAGGCGAUAUACUACAAUGGCAUCCUUGCUGCCAAGCUCUGGAAGGAAAAGAAGUUCCUUACACUCAGUGCCAAUAAAGAGGAGGAAAUCCCCGUGAGUGUGUCCUUCGCCAGCUUUAAGCAAAGCCCACCAGAGAACAGCUUCCUCAGACUCACUGCCAUAGCCAAGGCAACACAAUCAAAGUCCAGCCUCAGCUGCUUUGCUCAGGAAGACAUCGCCAUUUGUAGACCAUGCCUAGUCAUUAAGAUGCCAGAAACAACAGAGCAAUAUCAACUUCUUACAGCUUCGGUCAGCCUCUAUAACUUCCUAGAUGUUCCUAUGCAGGACUGUGUGAUCUCCAUUUUUGGAAGGGGGCUCAUUUACAGAGAGAAGAGAUACAGAUUAGCUUCAGUGUGGCCCAAAAACAUCUUGUACACCCAAUUCCAGUUCACACCGACACAGGUGGGGCCCCAGAGGCUCACUGUGGAAACGGAUUGUGAUAUGUUCCAGAACCAAACCAACUACAGAAAGAUCACCGUGAAAGCCCCUGAACUUCCUGCUUAAUCUUCCAUUAAGUAUCCCAUAAUUAAAGUCUGAUGUUGAAAGCAUGAACUUAGCCCACUGGAGAAAUAUGAAAACUAUUAAGUAUAUAAAGCACAGGCUUUAGAAGAAAAAAAUAAAAUAACUGGAUUCCUUUUG